AUGACAACGAAUGAGAUGAGGAACCUUCUGAAAUCGUUGACCCUGGAAAAAACGACCUCUCCAGAAAUCUUCUCCACUCUCCACUGCAUCCUCCUCUAUGACGACACCCCCCUCCAGACGCACCUUCCGAACCUCACCAACAUCUCGUACGCUAAUACCGCCGACAACGUUACGAAUAAAAUAAACUGGUAUUUGAAUUUGAAAUUGUCGACUUUUCAAAACAAUACAACGUCAUCUUCAACAACAACGUCAUCAUCAACUUCUUCUCCUGACACCAACUCAACAACAACAACAUCAACAACUGGCCCUGAGGAGAUACAAAAGCAGCUGGCGAUACUGUCGAAAUGUUUAGUUUUGAAGUUGCACAAGCGGAGGAUCCUUCGAAAAACUGGAUCUGGUGUCGUUAGCGACUUGUCUCCAUUGUACGAUUCAUAUCUAGAGCCUCUCUUUGACGCGAUCACUUUGGCCGAUCUGCUCGCUAAACUGUUCACACAACAACAACACGUCAGUUACAAAUCAGUUUCGCGCACCAUAGAACUUCUGCAUGACCAGCUACCACUUUCCCCUAACAACGAUAACAACAUCAGAACUAACAACAAAGACACAGAUGACAACAACAACGGCACAAACACCAUCACAAACAGUGUUUGGUACUUCUCGUUGUGGGCCUGGGUAGGUGCAUCCAACUACCGAAUCGUCUUGGAAGGCCCGCUGACCCUAUACCUUGGUUCGGACAUCAUAUAUACUGACGAUUAUGAAACAGUCUUGGGAAGCUUGGUGCCGAUUCGUGCUUGCAAGGAUAAGUGUGCAAAUGAUCGUGAGUUUUUUGUUCAUUAG